AUGUUUCCCAAAACCUACGUGCCGAGAAAUAUGCUAAGCCACAUUCAGCGGAAUGGUUGGCUCGACGAAUUAAAGACCAGAAAGAAGAAAGAGCCAAAGCAUUGGCUCGGAACUGGACCUCACCCCAGUGUUACCCACAUAUCACGAUGGAUACAAUCAAUUUGCUCAAGCAACACAAUGAAGAUUACAUCAUAG